GUUGAGGUAAUGAAUGAACGGUUAAAAACUCGUGUUUUCACCUCCAAUAAUCUCCAACCCAACAACCCUAGCUAACACUAUUAUUCUAUUCACUGUUACCUUAACAUUGGAUCCCAUUUUUCACCUAUCACCAUGAUUUCUCAUUAAUCAUAAUCAUAACGCUUAUUUCCAUUAUUACUUCCCUACUUUAUGUACUACUACUAAUAGAUUACACUACAUUCUUUGGUCAGAUCUACAUUAAAUAAGUUAGGAAAAACAUUAACUACCUGAUACCAACUACAACAUCAUGCUUUUUACACCUUAAAUAACACACACUUUUUCCGUUGACAUUGUGUCACAACUUUCUCAUUUUCAAUUUUUCAUACCCAUUUUAGUUUUUCAUCUUUUCUUUUUCUCAAUUAGGUAAAGUUUGUGUCUUUUUGUUUUUUGUUUUAACAGUUUAAAACACUCAACUUGUUUCUUUUGUGUUUGGUUGUGUAGCAGAAGCUGUUGAAGACAAAUGGGUAAUUUUGUUCCAAACAUUUUUUUGUUUUCAGUUUACUUGAUUGGUUUGUUAGUAUAUCUAGGAAAUGCUGAACCUUUUGAAGACAAAAAAGCAUUGUUAGAGUUUGUUCAAAAAUUACCACCUUUUAAGCCUUUGAAUUGGAAUGUGAAUUCUUCAAUUUGUACUAGUUGGAAUGGUGUAAUUUGUAGUGAAGAUAGGUCUCAAAUUAUCGCGAUUCGGUUGCCAGGGUUUGGAUUUAAUGGUACAAUUCCUGCUAAUACAAUUAGUAAAAUCAAAGGGUUGCAAAAAUUGAGCCUUAGAUCCAACAAUAUCAUAGGUCCAUUGCCAGAUUUUGCUGUUUGGAAGAAUUUAUCUGUUGUUAAUUUGUCUAAUAACCGUUUCAUUGGUGAAAUUCCUUUAUCUCUUUCCAAUUUGAGUCACCUUGUUUAUUUGAAUCUCGCAAACAACUCGCUUUCCGGUGAAAUUCCUGAUAUAAGCUUGCCAUUGUUGAAACAGUUGAAUUUGGCUAACAACAAUUUGCAAGGGGUUGUUCCUGUUUCUUUUCAGAGGUUUCCUAAGUCAGCAUUUGUUGGAAACAAUGUUUCUAUUGGUACAUUGUCUCCGGUAACUCUACCUUGUUCCAAACAUUGUUCUAAAUCUGAGAAACAUGGAAGGAUUGGUGGAACAGUAAUGUUGGGUAUUAUUGUUGUUGGUAGUUUUCUAUGCCUUGCAGCAUUCAUUGUUUUUAUCUUUGUGUUGUGUUCUAAAAAGAAGAAUGGAGAUGUUUUUGUUGGCAAGUUGGAGAAAGGAGGAAAAAUGUCUCCUGAAAAAGUGGUCUCAAGAAACCAAGAUGCAAAUAAUAAGCUUUUUUUCUUUGAGGGAUGUAACUAUGCUUUUGAUUUGGAGGAUUUAUUAAGGGCUUCUGCUGAGGUACUUGGUAAGGGAACAUUUGGUGCUGCGUACAAGGCGGUAUUAGAGGAUGCAACCACAGUUGUUGUGAAGAGGUUAAAGGAGGUAGCUGUUGGGAAGAAGGAUUUUGAGCAACACAUGGAUAUUGUUGGAAGUCUUAAACAUGAGAAUGUGGUUGAGCUAAAGGCAUAUUACUAUUCCAAAGAUGAGAAACUGGUUGUGUAUGACUAUUUCAGUCAGGGUAGCAUCUCUGCUUUGUUGCAUGGUAAAAGAGGAGAGGACAGGGUGGCUUUAGAUUGGAAUACUCGGAUCAAACUAGCUUUAGGUGCUGCACGAGGCCUUGCUCAUAUCCAUUCCAAAAAUGGUGGAAAACUUGUACAUGGCAAUGUCAAAUCCUCAAAUAUCUUUCUUAACACUAAGCAAUACGGGUGUGUUUCUGAUCUUGGCUUGGCAACCAUAAUGAGCUCAGUCGUCCAGCCCAUCUCACGAGCAUCCGGAUACCGAGCACCAGAAGUUACAGACACCAGGAAAGCCACACAGCCUUCAGAUGUUUACAGCUUUGGUGUGGUGUUACUAGAGCUUUUAACCGGUAAAUCACCUAUUCACACAACUAGAGGGGAUGAGAUUGUCCACCUUGUGAGAUGGGUUCAUUCAGUUGUGAGAGAGGAGUGGACAGCUGAAGUAUUUGACUUAGAGCUUAUGCGAUGUCCUAAUAUAGAAGAAGAGAUGGUAGAGAUGUUACAGAUAGCCAUGUCAUGUGCUACAAGGAUGCCUGAUCAAAGACCUAUGAUGUCAGAAAUUGUAAAGAUGAUAGAAAAUGUAAGGCAGCUUGAUAUAGAGAAUCGGCCAUCAUCUGAGAACCAAGCUGAAAGUGCAGCACAGCACCAAAUCUCUCAACCUGAAAGUCCACCCCCUACCCAAGAAGGAGGUGACUUAUAGAAAGCUGCUUCAUUUGAGUGUAUCUGAAAAUGCUGUUCUCCAGAUAUUGAACAAAGGGCAAUUUUUUUUUCUUAUGAAAAUGCUCUUCUCCAUAUAUUUUUGGUAUCUGAAAUAAUGUCAUAGAUAUCCUUAGUUUGAUCAACAUUAUGUUUUCUGUUUCAUAUUUUCAGAAGCUCCCAAAAUUUCUGCAAUCACAAUGACUUUAAAAUGAUUUCAAAAUAAUAUUUUAGCUGCCUCCUUUCAUGCGUAUUAUAGAGGGAAAACUGAAACCGUCAAUGAGUCGAAGUAGUAACAGUUCUAAGUUCACUAGGGAAAGUAUGCAAUUGCUAGAGUUAUGAUGUUCUCUCAAAUGAAACUCAGGGCUAACAUGACACUUAGAAGUCAGAACAGUCCUUUGCCCUUUGAAAGUGGCAAACAUUUUUACGCAA